CGGAAAUGUUUUGUAUGUAUGUGUGUUUACAUUGCGGCCUCUCGGGUUUAAAUGCCAAACUGAACCGUGGUUGGAAAUUCUCACUUCACUCUUUCAUGUUUCAAGGCUAUGGGGAACACCGACAGUGUUGUAGUGCAGAAACGACUGGCUCGUUUUCGUCCGGAUGAGAGACCUGUUAUAGAUGGGGUUUUUGACAGGCUCCACGGAACUGGAUCCUCUGUUUCCUCUGGAAAAACAGGGAAGAUUUUAUCUCUGGACAUGCUAAAGAUGUCAAUGGGUAAGAUGGCCUCAGAAUCAAUGAUAAAGAGAGUAUUCCAGGGCAUACACAGUGUUGAUCCAGGCGUGCCACUGCCCUCUGGUGGAGGGGUUAGUCGAGAGCAGUUGGUGAUAUUCCUGGCAGAUAUUCUUCGGGGAACUGCAGAGGAGCGUGCACCUUUGGUCUUGGCAAUGGCAGAGGAAGCAAAAGCUACUGCUGCCGCAACUGAGCAGAUCCGAGGUUUAGUGGAAGACCUGGUUUCAGCUGCAAUCCAGACUCUAAUCUACAGGGGACAUCUGCGAGCUUGGCAGCCAGAUCGCAUGGGUGAUGGCCCACAAGGCGCUAGGUUGCUAGCAGAACAAUUGACUUCUGAAUUGAAAUUUUCAGAUAAGAAUAUGUGUGACAUUCCUUGUCUGGAAGACUGGCUGUUCCGGAUCCCAGCAAUGGCUAUGUUCUUGGAGCUCCUGAUUGGUGAGGGCCUAGGAAUUGGGCUGCCCUCCCGUCCUCCCCCAACUCUGUUGCCCCAGUGUCGGUAUGCUCCUUGGAGUGAUCUCCACUGCCUCUUGCAUCUACCUCUUCUGAUGUUCCUGUCACCUCAGUUGCCUGCAGGCUACAGCGCUCCCUGGAGGUUGUUAUUCUCCACAAACUUACAUGGGGAAAGCUUCACCCGACUGGUGGGCAACUGCAAAGGCCAGGGUCCCACUGUCUUGUUGAUAAAAGACACAAAAGGCCAUAUCUUUGGAGGCUUUGCUUCUCAAAGCUGGGAGGUCAAACCUCAGUUCCAGGGUGAUUCCAGGUGCUUCCUCUUCUCCGUGUUCCCUUUCAUGAGAGUGUUCACUUGCACAGGUUACAACAAUCAUUAUAUGUACUUGAACCAGGGUCAGCAGACUAUGCCUAAUGGCUUGGGUAUGGGUGGUCAGCAUGGGUAUUUUGGGUUGUGGCUGGACAGUGAUUUUGGCCAUGGACACAGUAGGGCUCGACCACGCUGCACCACAUAUGGCAGCUAUCAGCUGUCAGGAGAAGAGGACUUCAAAGUGGACACCCUGGAGGUGUGGGGUGUUGGUCAGCCACGCGAGGAACAGGAGCAGGAUGAGAACAAGAAAAGUAUACUAGAUGCAGAUCCUGAAGUACAGGCCAUUAUGGAAAUGACAGGGAAGACCCUGCACAGCCAAGGCCUCAGAGAACCAGAGGAGGAUGAGGGAUGAUGAUGAAGAAAAACAAAACAAUGAGGAAUGGAGGACAGUCAAUGUCUCCAAAAGGAAGUGCAAACCAAUAUUGUUUCUUCUCAGUGUGUUUUUGUGUGUGUGCGUGUGUUUUUUUAGACUGACAUGAAUUAUGGCAUGUGAGAUAUGACAUAGCCUGAAGGAAACCACACUCUUAUAAAGCACUUUGUCUAGUCAAAGUGAGCCAUUCUCACGGUAUAGUUUUUAUGUUAGAAUGCAAAAGCUAGGAGCUGGUUUCCUGCCUUCUGUAAAAUAUUAAAAUAUUAAAAUGUGUACACAAAGACAUACUGUCAAACACUGUUUAACACUGGGUAUUGGCAAUGUGUGACUGGAGCCUACAUUUCUCAUCAGAUAUCUGUAAUCAACUUUAUAUGGCUGCAUUUUGCCUCGACUGAGUUUUGUUUCGGUGUACUGACAGUAUAGUUCUCAAUAAAUGCAAAAUGAGCAAAAAGUCA